AUGGAUACCUCGCACGUCCUAGCGUUCCUCGGUGCACUGCAAGAUGUUCGUGAGCUUCUCUCAGGACUAGCUCGAUACUGCAAUCAUGAUGGACUCAUGGCCAUAGAGUCCGUGACAGGCUACCUCAACCAACCCAGCGCGACACAGACGCAUGAAGUUACAAGCGACAUGCUAUUGCUAGCCACUCUAUGCUGUCCUAAGGAUGUUGGCAACGCAACAUUCCAUCAUCUUGAUCCCGUGACGGAUAUUGGUCGCCUCGCACUCCAGCGCAUCGGAGCCGCACUACUGCGCAGCGCUGGCACAUCCGACCUCGACGAGCGACAGCUCACUCUCUCCCUGGCCGCCUCCACAGUCCAAAAUGUGCUGGCCGCGCGGCACCUCUGCCUGGGCGCCCUGCAAGCGUCGCUCUCCGUCUACAACUGCUUCCGCCUCUUCCGCUUUGCGCACGAGUGCGGCAUCUCGCCGCUGCGACAAGCCGCGGAGCAAAUUUGCCUGGCCAACCUACCUUGCGGCAGCGCCCCGACCUAUGAUGACGCGGGCUUUGUGCUCCUGCAGCAUGACCAGCUGCAAAACCUUCUCCAGUCCGACGCGCUACAGGUUUCCAGCGAGCUGGAUGUAUUCCGAGCCAUCAUGGCCUGGGCGGAUGCAGCACCGAAGAUUCGGACGCCGCUAGUGGCACCGCUGGUUCAGCGCUGCGUCCGAUUAGGCACCAUGGACUUGGGGCAGCUGGAGUUGCUUGAUCAGGAGCCGGGAGUUGUGGCCAGCCAGGACAUCACUCGUAUCGUGGCGAGGGCCUACGUGAUGCGGCUGGUGGGCAUGCCGGCGGCGGCGGGGCCCGCUGCGUCGAGGCCGCGCGACAGCGUCGCAAUGGCAUCGCAUUCGAAGGCGGCUGCAGCUUCGCCUGUGGAGAUGGGGGAGGAGGAGGAGGAGGAGGGGGAGGCCUGGUCACCGGUUGCGUUUCUUCCACCGCUGACGGACGGUGUGGUCUAG